CCAUAUCAUGAGAGAGAAUUUGAGAAUAAUAGAUCGAACGGUUAUUUGAAAAAUGACGCACGUUUGGACGCAUCGCGCGCGGACCGAGAGUCAACAACACUUGAAAAGAUCUCUGACACAUUUUCCAACCACGAAGGCGAAUAUUGGAAUAGCAUUCCGUACCUCCAUCAGGAAAUUUCGGGGGGCUUUGGUUUGAGAGGGAAAUUUUUUGAAACGUUUGUUGGUGUAGAUCGCGAAGGAGACAACAGGUCGAUUGAAAAUGGAGAGUUCGUGGGUCACAAUAGAUUCUCGUUCGAGUCCCCCACCGGACGUCAAAAAAGAGUCGAUGAUCUUGACGUUUCUACACCACGUCAAAUAAAAAAUUUCGAAAACUCAUUGACCGGCUAUUCAACCGAUGAUGACACCUUUUUUGAUUCUCCGAGACAUCCUACAGAAAGUUACCCACAAUACCCCAACUUUGAACGGUUCCCAGCUGCAUGUCAAAAGAAUAACGCUAUCUUCGAUGAGGUUCACAUACCGUGUGUAGCAAUGAAUCAUAAAAGGUUGCCGGUCUUCACGUAUGGAAGAAAUAAUGUUUUCAAUGAUAAUGAUGACAUCCCAUUACAUAAGACUGAAAAUUUUGAAAAUCGAUCGACCAUUUCGUUCGCAAAAGAGGAAGCCCCCGUCAUAAAUGAAUUUGAGACUUCUAAAGUGUCGAUGAUCUCGCCCUCCGAUGAUUCGAGGAUCCUUAAAGUUGACAAUGAAUCUUUCUAUCAAGGCGCUUCUGCAUCUCAAGACCCUGUCGCGCCACACCAAGUGAACGAACGUUUCACCUCUGAGGAUAGUAAAAAAACUGUUUGCCACAAGGCGUUCUCUGAAAGUUCCGAGCAGCCCGUCCCUAUCGGGCGGCGGGGGUAUGACAAACUUGAUGUGGUGAAUGGAUGGAAUGUUGAGAAGUCUUGUCGAAAAUAUGUGACAUCAGGUCUCGAUCUUUAUUUCGGACGCGAUAGCUACGGCGACGCUCGUGGAUUUAAGAUGCGCUGUGAAGAAAAAACAACGGCUGACGCCCAAAAACUUGACCUUCUCCAAUUCAUUCAAACGGUGGAAGACACCCGAGAAAUUGAUCGCUCACCAUCGGAUUGGGGUGAUCACGCGAAUUUCGUGGCUCGCGAUUCUACGGGCAAAUGGAUGGAAACGAGUCGAGAGGUGUCCGACUGCGAUCAUCAUUCUACGAAGUCCACGGAUGGUAAUUCCACUUGGUCGGUCACAGAUGGUCAAGAAAGACACUAUGUACCUCCUCGUGAGGGUGUCCGGAGGAAAGGUAAGAAACUUAAGAAAAAGGAUCAUUGGGGAAAUGACAGCAAGCGUAGAGAUUUAGAUGGCGCACGCAGCCGUAAAUCAAUAAAGUCACAUGAAUUUCGAAGGAACUAUCAUGGUCGCUGCGUUCAACGUCAUAACCUUGAAUCUCGCGCGAAAUCGAGGAACUUUGAUGUCCGGUCUCAUAAACAUUCAAGUCCUAAAGAAUGGGGCGAACCUGAAUUGGCGAACGACAAUAGAUGCGGUAGAUAUUUAUCAGUGAAUGUGAAUACAUGGAAUCUAUGGUGGCCUUGGGGAAACGAAGAAGAUUUUGAGCGAGACUUGAUGAGGAUGAUUAAAAGGGAAAAAAAAAAGGUGUUGAGACACUUGAAUUCGGUAACAAACAAGGAAGUCGAAGAGGGCGAGAUCGAAGAGGGCGAACUCACACAAGAUGGAGGCGAGGAGCAAACGGUAAAUGAAGGCGACCUUACGAUAGGUAAAAUUUAA